AUCUGCAGGCAAUUCAACCCUGACUUCCACCAUGGCUUGGCUGCCACUUCUCAUCCUCUCCACUUACUUUAUGGGGACUUUUUCCCAGUUUGUCCUGAAUCAACCAGCUUCUGUGUCUGGAUCUCCUGGAGGGACAAUCCGAAUCACUUGUACUACAAGCAGUGGAACAAUUGGCUCAGGGCAUUCCUCCUGGUAUCAACAGAAGCCUAGCAGUGCCCCCAAACUCCUUAUAUAUGCUGAUAGCAGCAGAGCCUCUGGAAUCCCAGCACGAUUCUCCGGUUCUGUUGAAAACUCUAGAACAUCUGCCGUCUUAAGCAUCUCCAAUCUUGAGGCAGAAGAUGAAGGUGGUUAUUUUUGCCUCUCUUAUGCAGGCAGUAACACGUACACAGUGCUACCUGAGAGGGAUCAGUCUCAGCCUGAACAAGGAAGGAUCAAGAAGAUAAAUCUCAUGCACACUAUCUACAUCUCAGGGACUUUUUCUCAAGUUGUCCUGACUCAACCAGAAUCUGUGGCUGGAUCUCCUGGAGCAACCAUCCGAAUCACUUGUACUAUAAACAGUGGAACAUUUGGAUCACAGCAAUCCUCCUGGUAUCAACAGAAGCCUGGAAAUGUCCCCAAACUCAUGAUAUAUCGUGAUAGCAGCAGAGCCUCUGGAAUCCCAGAACGAUUCUCUGGUUCUAUUGAAAACUCUAAAACAUCUGCCGUGUUAACCAUCUCCAAUCUUCAGGCAGAGGAUGAAGCUGAUUAUCAUUGCCUAACAUCUGACAUGGCCAUCCCUUAUACCCUUGGCUUCAACAUGGCACACGCUGUUCUCUUCUUCCUCGUUUUUUCUUAUUGCACAGGGGCUUCAGCCCAAUUUGUAUUGACUCAACCAGCUUCCGUGUCAGCACGUCUUGAAGGAAGGGUCCAGAUCUCCUGCACAAGGAGCAGUGGAGCUAUGUCUGGUUACUACGUGUCCUGGUAUCAACAGAAAUCCGUUGAGCCGCCCAAACUAUUGAUUUAUCAGCACGUCAACAGGCCUGCUGACGUUCCAGACCGAUUCUCUGGGGUGACCGACAGUUCUAGAGCUACUUUAACAAUUACGGGUGUUCAACCAGAAGAUGAGGCAGAAUAUUAUUGUCAGUCUUAUGACGGUAACUGGAUGUUUCACAGUGAUGCCACCUGCAUAGGGAAGUGA